AUGAACAAAAUUGUGCCUGAUGAUGGAAGUUACAGAGAAUUUCAGCAGGGGAUCAGGAAAAAGGUUGAGGACAUAAUAGACGGCAAAGUUGUCACAAUUUGCAUGGCUUGUGUUACUAUAUGAGUCCUGUUUGGUGACGAUAUUCGUACACUGAGUGCAGAAAAUAAGGACAAUGACUAUAUUUUUUUUAUUACCUACGAAAUUUGUUUAUCCUUAUUUCUUAUUGAAAUCUUUAUGAACAGCAUUUUCAUCCCAGGCUAUAAGUUUUCAUUUUUCUUCUGACUGGAUGUUGUCGCGACUAUUUCAUUGUUGCCAGACAUUCCAGGAAUUAGAGACCCAUUUUUAGCAUUAUUCAACUAUAAACUUUAUGAUUCUGAUGCGCAUUUUGAUACAAGCCCUGUAAGAAACACAACAAAGCUUGAUUAUACGAGCCGUGGAAUUCAGACAAUUAGGUAUAUAAGGUUGGUGAGAAUUGUAAAACUUUAUAAAUAUUUUACUAAAUCAACAGAAAAUGAGGAAGAAGAAAAUGAGUCACAAAUAGACAAAAUGGACCCAGAAUACCUUGGAAAGAACUUAUCUGAUGUCACUACAAGGAGAGUUAUUAUAGGAGUUUUAUUAAUGCUUUUAUUAUUGCCUUUAUUGCAGCCUGGAACUGUUGAUAACGCUCCAUAUUUUGGUUUACAAACACUGUUUUGGACAGGAAGAAGCGGAUGCAAUGAUCCAACAGGUUUUGGCUGCGGUAUAACUACCUCAAAUUAUGUCUCCAAUGAAGGCUGAUACUAUAUGAUAGACUGAUAUGCAAAUGCCAGCUAUCCUUUAUUGUGACUAUAUAUCCCUGAUAUGCUGAAUGGUGGAGUAAUAGGAAAUGUAAGCAGAGGACUCACCUGGACCGAAGUAUCAGAUUGUGCAGGGAAAAAAGUCCCUUCUGCUUGCGAUAAAAGGGAUGAAGAAAUGGAAUUAGUUACCUAUACUCCUAUAGAAUGCUAUAAUAAAUCAGUCAAAGGCUGCGAAGAAAUUGAAGCUUUUGCAAGAUUUGAUGUUGGGGAGCACUCGAGAUCCCAAUCACGAGGAAAUAUAGUUAUCACUGUUUUUGUGGGGAUAAUUUUGGCAACAGCAAGUGUAGCAUUCGCGUAUGAUACUCAAAAAAUCGUAAUUAAGCCAGUUACAAGGAUGCAUAGUGUUAUUAAAAGUCUUGCAGAAGAUCCUUUAAAAAUGGCAGAAGAAGUCACCCAAAUAGACAUAAAAGAAUCCAUUCUGGAAGAAACUAUUAAUAAAAUUGGAACCCUGCUUCAGAUGAGUUUCGGAUUAAAAGGGUCAGAAAUCAUGAGCUCACUGUUUUCUGAGCCUGAAAUGAAUUUAAUAAAGCUUGGAAGCAAAGAAAGGUCAGUAAUUGCACUAUGUACGGUCCAAGAUUUCCCAUCAAUCAUUGACUGUCUACAAGAAGAAGUCUUGGUUUUUAUCAAUAAAAUUGCAAGAAUUGUCCAUACCUGCACAACAAGAUGGAGUGGGACCGCCUGCAAUAAUGACUUAGGCAUAUUUACUAUAACCUGGCCAGAAACCAAAGCAUCAGACGCACUUGUUUCUUUGAUUAAAAUAUCUGCUGAACUCCAUAGGGCAACCGAUAUUAUGGCAUAUAAAUCUAACCCAAAAAUUGUCACGAAAUUUGGAGAUAAUUAUUUGGUAGAUAUUGCUAUGGCUGCACAUAUUGGCUGGAUUAUUCAAGGACCUCUAGGGUCAAAUAUUAAGGUAGCUCCUGGCUACAUAAGUCCUUCUAUAGACUUGUGCAAAAAAUUGAUUAUGGCAGUAGAAGAAUUCAAAGUUCCAUUACUUUUAACUGGGGAGUUUUAUUCGAGUUUAGAAGAAAAAGGGCAAAAUGCGUGCAGAAGAAUCGGAAAUGUGAUGAUUCAGGAGCUAGAAGCAUUUAUGGGCUUAUAUACUUUUGAUUUAACUGAUGAAGUCCCACUCCCAGACCAUCGUAGAGUUGCAGAAGGGCAGUUUGAUAUCGACAAAAGAAAGCCAGGCGACCCAAUUAUCCUUACUCCCCCCCCCUCCGUGAGUGAACAAAACCAUUAGAAAAUCCCCUAUUUUUUGCCCAAAAACCCACCCUCCGUGAGUGAACAAAAAUUUUUUUAAUAGAAAAAUUUUUUAUAUGGAAAAAAAAUUUAAUAUAUAAAUGAUAAUUAGUAUAAUGAAAUCUAGAGCUAAUUCUGUUUAAUUUUUUAACGAAUUGCUUUUUAAAAUAUAAAUUUUAUAAAUUAAAAUUAAUAUUUGCUUUUCCAAUUUUUUGCGAAUUAGGAUUUUUUUUUUAUUUUCAAAAAAAUAUUUUUUAUAAAAUUUAUAUAUAUAAAUUUUUUUAAAAAAAAAAAAUUAACCCCCCUCCGUGAUUGAACAAAAUUUUUUUGUUCACUCACGGAGGGGGGAGGAGUUAAUGAAAUUGAUAUUGAAGACUUGGAGUUUACGCCUGAACAUCUGUUUCUCUUUGAUAACGACAUAGUCAUGAUGCAGAGAAGUGUUCCUACGCAAUUCCAAGGAGUUUUUGCGAAGGGUCUUGAAGCUUUUGAAGCUGGAAACUGGGCAGAUGCUAAACAAAUACUAGAUGAAGCCUUGAAAAUAAAAGUAGCUGAUGGGCCAUGCAUUUCGAUGCAGGAAUUCAUGGAGGCUUGCGGAAUGAAACCUCCUGAAGGCUGGAGUGGAAGUCGGAAUUUAUAA